UUAAUGUUUACAAAAUUACAAAUAUAAAAAAGUAUUCUAACAAUUAAAAAUCUGAACAAAACAAUGUGAAUUAUAAAAUCCAGUUCUUUAAUUAAUUAAAUUCUUCUUAGUCUGACACCUGAUACUAGUCAAAAUGCCAGGAGUUGUGGCUGUACACUGUGGAGCCGGGUCUCAUAACAGCUCUUUAUUCAAAGACUACAAGAAACUGUGCAACAGAGCUUGCGAAAAGGCAGCAAAAGUCCUCGAAGAUGGGGGUUCAGCAGUAGACGCAGUCAAAGUGGCUGUUGUAGUAUUAGAAAACGACCCCCUCACUAAUUGCGGCUACGGUUCCAAUUUAACCUCGGAUGGUACUGUCGAAAACGAUGCUUCCAUAAUGGAUGGUAAAACGUUGAAUUUCGGUGCUUGCGGGGCCGUUAAAAAAGUUAAAAACCCAGUGGAAUUAGCUUACUGUUUAUGCGUUAAUCAAUCGAACUCCAUGCCUUUAGGUUUAAUACCGCCUUCGUUGCUCGUCGGACAAGGCGGCUUAGAUUACGCUAGAAAUGUAGGUUUAAAAAUUGUCAAACACAACGAUCUCAUUAGUGCUAAAGCUACGAAACAAUUCAAUCAAUACAGUAAACUAUUGGAAGCUCAUCAGAAGGAUCUGCUUUUAGACACCGUUGGGGCUGUAUGCAUCGAUGGAAGCGGCCAUGUUGCUGCUGCGUGUAGCUCAGGAGGUAUAUUAUUGAAGAAACCAGGCAGGGUAGGCCAGGCUGCUAUAUUCGCCAGCGGCAGUUGGGCAGACAGCACUGACAAGGAGAAAGAAUCUUCGAUAGCAGUUUGUACGACCGGUUGCGGCGAACAUUUAAUUCAAACUCAACUUGCCAAAGAGAUAUCUGUCGAUCUUAAACACACCACCUGCCCGACGGUCGAUUUGCACAAAUCGAUGAACGAAAAAUUCCUGCUUUCCAAAUUUUUGAGAAACGUCCAGAACAAAAUGGGCGGCGCUUUAGUGUUGCAUAGAGAUUACUUAACGGGUGACAUUGGUGUGAUGUGGGGUCACAGUACGGAGACUAUGGUUGUUGGGUACAUGGGAGCUGGUGAUAAGAAACCUAAGUGCCAAUUUUCUGUGUUGCCAAAACAUGUUCAAGCAGGGACAGCUGUAAUAGUGGGUGGUUCAAAAUUUUAUACUAUUGAUAAUUCAUCUAAAAUUUCUUGAAUUAACUCGAGUGUUCUAGAAUUACGUACUACUUUUUGUUAUUUGUGAUAUGUUAUUUUUAUUAGACUAAGUACCAGAUGACUGUAAAGAUCGAGCCAAUUUGUAAACAUUUCAGUUUUUUCAUGAGGCUUGCUCUUGUACGUUUAAAAAAUAAUAAAACUUAAUUUGAUUACUA